CAGCGCGGGUAAAAAGUUCGGAAAUCUUUACGAAGUUGGCUUUUCUCGUCGUGGUUUUUCUUGGUCAUCUGGAUUUCCUGCUCGUUACCAUCGCUUUAAACAGAAUCUUUGAAUAACGUCCGACUCUCGUGAACUUUAUAUUUACCACAGAGAAGCGUUUAUUGACUUGUUUUCCUUCUUUGAAAACAAAACAACAGCUCAAGUGGCUACAAUGUAACUGGUAUUUUGACGCCUUUACAUUUCUCUGUAACCCCCUCAAGUAAAACAAGAGAACAGUCUUAUCAUGGAUCUUGAAGAAAUAGCAAGCUAUUGGGCUCGAUUCCAUUUGUCAUUCUCGUGGGAUUAUCCGGAGGGACUCGACUUACAAGCUGUACAACAAGCCGUCUUUCAUGUCGUUGGCGAAUCCGAUGGAAGGUCACAAGAUCAACUUGUGGUUGGUUCUGUGCAAUCUGCUGGUGCUGGUGUUGUGUUAACACAGCCUAUUCCUGUCUCUGACAAUGUUCCAUGUGAAUUAAGUUUCACUGCACAUCCCAUGUCAGAUGAGUUUUGUAUCAAGAAUGUUGUCAUAGUGUCAGAAGCAAGAAAUGUUGAACUUUAUGUGGAUGGUUGCUAUGCUAAGACGGCAAGGGGUAUUAUGCUCACUAUAAGGAAAGGCAGAAAAGUAUCUCUAUUUGAGACAGAGUUUGAUUUAUCAGAAUAUGUGAGAGGAAAAUGCAGAUGUGCAAUUAAGUUUUUAUCCUUCCCACAACCCCAUGCUGUAAGAAUCCAGACAAUUGUGGUGAAAGUAGCAAAACGACCAGCAAUGAAUUCCUCACAAGCACAGGAUGUUCCUGGAAUUCAGACUGGCAUCAAUCUUAUACCUGGCUCUGUGGAUCUUGUGAGUGUUAAAGAGUUUAUCAAAACAUCAGGUAAAGAAUUGACUCCCGAGGCUGAGAAACUUCUGGCAUCCAUGGAGCAAAUGCAAUGGGCUCAGGGUGUCCAAAUGCGUCAAUCAAGGCCAAGGUCACGUAGCAUGGAUAUCAAGGCAGACAGAGAUGACCCUACUCCACCUCACCGUUUCAGUGUUGCCAGUGAUGGCAGUCUUCUUCAACAAGCAAUUGCAAGAGCAAGAGAACUUGAAGAAGAAGAUCAGUACAAUAGGAGAGACCAUGUUGGUAGUCCUGGCAAUAAUGAAUCAUUGAUAAACAGACUAGCAGGACUAAUGAUAGAUCGAAGCAAUCAUCGUGAAAAUGGACCUAUUAUUCACAAUGGGGACAUCAUUCCAAAUGGUGAUAGACAUCCAGAGGAACAGGCUCAGGCACGCUGGGAAGCUUAUGUUCAAACUAGACUCCAGCAAGGUCAUCAAGACAUGAAUGCAACAUCAAGAAUUAGAACACAUUCAAGUCACAGUACACCAAGCAUACUUGGACAUGGUAUGCACUAUGAUGAACCUGACCGACCAUCCCCACCAUCCCCUCCCUUAGGUACUAGUUCAACAAAAGUUUCUUCAGCACCUGAACUUGGUACAAAAACGAGGUGUGUUGCAUGUGGUUGUCCAGGGUGUCUCUCUGUAUACAAUUCCAUCACCACUAAUAUCUACUCAACAGAAGAGAGAAUCAUGGCUAAAGUGGAACAGAAAGUACAGCAACUUCAACACCACAUAGAUUCACAGUUUGAUGCUCUUUACCAGUCAUUACAGUUGCGACAGGAACAAUUAGUUGCUCAUGCAUUGCAUGGCAAUAAUUUGCAUCAUCAAGGUGCGGUACCAAGCCGACGAAUAAGUGCCAAUUCAAAAGUUGGUGAUACAUCUGUUUGACAGUAAAAAAUGCUUUAAUGCCUUUUUAGUUAAGUGGCCUUAUUGUCAAAGGAAUAGAGAAUGAAUUGCCUAUUUUCAUGUGGGAGACUGGGUGCAAGUCCCGUAAUUUGCACAAUUAUGGUGAAAUAGGAAUUGAUACAUAGAAUGAAAAAAUGCACUUUUUAAAAAUAAAAGUGUGAAUGACUGACAGUAAAAAAUAUAUUUUUUUAAGAAAUAUAUGAGAAUUUGGAAAAAUUUGGAUUCAACUGUGUCCGUUCAAUACAUUUCUUUGGAAAUUUUUUUUAAAAAGAAUUUUAAGGCUGUAAAUCUAGUUGACACCAAACUUUGUGAGUUUCUUAUUUUCCGUGCCAUCUUAUGUUCCAUAUACGUAUUAUUUACCAAUGUGAGGAUUAAGGGACCCAGUCUCCCAUAGUAUGACCAGGCAUUUUUGUACUGUAUUAAUAGUCUUCUUCACGGUUCUCUGCGCCAUCUUGAAAGGAAGCUGUGCCUUUGCAUCGAAGCGAGACAACCGUUGAGCAUGCAUGAUAGAAACCUUCUUUCUUACCCACAGACAAUUAUUCACAGUUUUCUAUCAUUACACACUCAACGGUUGUCUUGCUUCGAUGCAAAGGCAUGGCUACCUUUAAAGAUGGCGCAGGGAACCGUGAAGGAGACUGCUAAGAGUUCAGUGCAUUACAAGGGCCCUCUUAAAAUAUGUUUUGUACAUACAAACACUAUUAUGAAUGCCUAUCGUUAUGAUAGAGUGGAAACAUUAAACCCAUGAAACAAAAGCUAAUGGUCAAGACUUUAAUAAUUAGAUACACCUACUAAAGAAAAUAAUGGAGUUGGUGACUAGAUUGUACAUACUGAUUAUUAUAGGUGACCUUUAUUGUAGUAUUUAUUUAUAUAAUACUGCAGACAAUGGUGUGACUUUUUCAGAUGAUAAAUAUUAAGUGAAAUUGUCUAUAGACAUCAUCAGAUACAUAAGCUCCAGAUUUUUAAAAAAGGUGAAAACUCCUAACUAAACUUUUUUUAGUUUUUUAUUUUUGCUAGAAGGUUUAUUGAGACAAAUUAAACUUUUUUUCUAUAAUAUAUAAUAAGCAUAAUUCAUCUACUGGAUAUUUAUGUUUCAUCGUUUAGUGUUAGAGUACAAACACUAAAACUGUGCAACAUAAAUAACACUAAAUACUGCUAAAUUAUGCUAAUUCUAUUGUGUUCUAUUAUUUAAUUAACACUAUUUUGUAGUAAAUAGUGGAAAGUGUUGCACACAUUUAAUGUUGGUACUCUACUUUGUACUCUAUUGCCUAUUCUGAAAAUAUUUUUUGAACCAAAGAGAUGUUUGCAAACCCUUGAUAUUUCACUUUGGUCAUAAUUGGUUUCCUCAUCCACAGGGAUCCCAACAGGGCUGCUAUGAAGACUAAGAUUUUAAACCACUUGCACAAGAAUUUUGAAAGUAGUCAAUAGCAUCUAUUCUAUUUACGAUUUUAUCAGUAGUUUGGGGUUGCGACUAGGAAGUAAUAAGAAUUGUAUAUAUUUUUAGAGAUAUUUGAUAUAAUAUGUGAAUUUGAAAUUAGUUCCUUUGAGGAGUUUUUCAAGGAUUUUAUCUUGACGAAAAUGUGAUGAAAUAAAUGCCGGUAUUAAUGUAA